UCUAUUCCCAAGAAAACCAAAAGUGACACCUUGUUUGGUUUGAAGAAGCAAUUUUCACAAAAAUAAUAAAUAUUUUAAAUUGAUCUACAUUCAGCAUUUAUAAUGUCCUCUAAACGUAAAGCCGAAGAAGAUAUCGAAAUUAUUGCGAACAAAAAACACACCCUCGAUUCAGAUGAAGAAGAUGACAAAGAUGAUGAGGAUGUUAUGAACGAGAGUGAUAUCGAAGGUGAAGAAGAUGGAAUAGCCGGAGUCGAAGAUGAAGUCAAAAUCACGCCCUUCAAUAUGAAAGAAGAACUGGAGGAAGGUUAUUUCGAUAAGUCAGGUCACUAUCAUUGGAAGAAGGAAAAUCAAAUCCAAGACAAUUGGCUGGACAACAUUGACUGGUUGAAAAUAAAGUCCAAAAAAGAGUCUUCAACAACCGUCGAUGACGAUAAGACCAAAAUAGAAGUUUUCAAUAGCAAAGAAGCCUAUGCAAAGAUCUUGGAGAUGAUGGAACCCCAUGAAACAAUAACCAAAACACUUCAGAGAUUCGGAAAGAGCAAGUUGAAGCUAUCGACCAUUGAACGUUUGCGCAGAAAAAAAGCGGGAAUCGUAGACGAUGCAUCGGAGAGUAUAACAAAACUCUCCGAGUUGGCUCAUGAGAUCUUGGUUAAUACCGGCAACAUGGGUAUUUAUGAGGAGCCGUAUGAGAAAAUUAAGAGUCGUAUUGGUUCUGGGGCGAGUACAAGUAAAGCGGCAAAUGAUACGCUUGAUAUGUAUGCAGAUGACUUUGACGACAAAGAGAAAAAACGAGUUCAAGAAGAGCAAAACCCUGAAACAGAAAUAGAAGAAACUACGUGGGAGUACAAAUGGAAAGAAUCGGACACAGAGGUUCAUGGGCCGUUUUCGACCCUGCAAAUGCAAGCUUGGGUGGACGAAAAGUACUUUAAGAAGCCGGUUCUUGUUCGAAAAUUUGGAACGGGAGAAGGAUUUUAUUCGAGUAGUAGGAUUGAUUUUGAGUUGUAUUUGUAAAUAGUUAAGCAAAAACAUAAACACAAAUUUAAAAAAAUGA